AUGGUGACAGUUGCUGCCAUAGCUCUCUCUGCCAUCCUGUUCAAAGAAUUCCUGAAGAAAAGAGCAGGUCAGACCGCUGUGGAGGGCAGUGCAGAUAAUGAUUCAGCUACACAGAAUGGUACCGUAGAGAGGGCUGCUCGUACUUGCACUACACCACAAGUUGAGGAAACGGCAACAUCUUCCGGACAUGACUAUGAAGUAUUCUUGAGUUUCAGAGGGCCUGACACACGAUCAGGUUUUACCGACUACCUCUACACUAGCCUUACAAAUGCGGGAAUCUGCACAUUUAAGGAUGACAAAGACCUCCACGUUGGAGAAGAAUUUGCCCCAGAACUUCUUGAAGCAAUCAAUCAGUCGAGGAUCUCAAUACCUAUCUUUUCAAAAGGUUAUGCCUCUAGCGUAUGGUGUCUCAAGGAGCUAGUUCAGAUGGUCAAGUGCCAGAAAAAUGAAAGACAAAAGAUCAUGCCCAUUUUUUAUGAUGUGACACCUUCGGAGUCGCGGAUAUAA